AUGAAGACUAGGCUCGGCCUCCUGGCUGCAUUGCUAGCAGAUUCAUCAAUUGUAUCAGCAAAAUCGAUCUACGUUGAUUGUUCAGGGAGCGGCUCUGGGGAUGGCUCACAAACUCACCCCUAUACAUCAUUGUCCUUAGUCAAUAAUUGCACCUUCAGCCCCGGUGAUAGGCUUCUUUUCAAAUCCGAGACUAACUGCACUGGUCAACUUAAGCCCCAGGGUAGCGGAACGAAGGAAUAUCCUAUCACUAUCAGUCGAUAUGGUAGCGGUGGACUUCCCGUAAUUGCUGCAGAGGGCCAAUUCAAUGCGACCGUUUAUCUUCAAAACGUCGAUUACUGGAUUGUUUCUAAUCUUUUUCUCACAAAUGCCGCUGAGGAAGAAGGUCGUCGUCAGGGUAUUGACGUGGAGGCAACUGACGGUUGCAUCCACGCUGGUAUUACGAUCAAGAACUUACGCAUCGAUACUGUUGCCGGAAGUACAAACAAGCGACUCCACUCAGGCGACUUCUCUAACUCAGCGUGCAUAUUACUCCAAGGAACCGCCAACUAUUCCCGCUAUGAUGACGUUGAGAUCUAUGACAAUAACAUGUCAAACUGUGGCGGGGGUGGUAUUAAAGUGCGCCUUGGCCAACUCGAUAAUCAGGGUAGAAAUCUGCGAGUGCACGAUAAUGUGAUUGAACAAGUUGGCGGUGACGGCAUUGUCGUCUCCUAUGCUAUCUCGCCCUUGAUUGAUCACAACAUUGCUGGAGACCUUGGGUAUGGAACAUACCCAUACUCCGGCGGAAAUUUCGCUGGCAUCUGGGUACUCGGAUGCCAUAAUGCGGUAAUGCGGUACAAUAUUGUGUAUGGAUCUAUUAUGUCUGAGAUUGAUAGCGAGGCUUUCGACUGCGACUGGGGAAACACUGGAACCUGCACGGUCGAAUAUAACUACAGCCACGAUAACGCCGGAGGGAUCUUCCUCAACUGUGACGGUUGUGGCACCUCCCUGGCGGUGCCACGCAGAUUGUCAGAUAUAACAUCUUUGAAAACGAUUGUCGGAUUUAUAGCAAUGGUGAUGCUCCAACUCUGUGGUUCUACAAUAAUAUCGUCUAUUGCCCUGACAAAGACCUCGAGUUUCAUUUACCCCCUUCAACCAAUUUUUGGAACAAUAUCGUGGUGGCGACUGAGAAUUCAACUCUUCCGUUUGGUGCCAACAUUGAGUACCGUACGAAUAUGUACCAGAAUAUGA